AUGGGCAUUUCCAACAAAUUCAUGGCCAUCCUACUUGUAGUAGCCAUUGCCUUAAGCCAAAUCAGUCUUGCUCAUGCCGGAAAGAGAUAUUAUGUUCACAUCAUCAAUGGGUUGAGCGACAACGAAUUGACUAUACAUUGCCAAUCCAAAGAUGACGAUUUAGGUGUGCACCUAAUCCAAAUGUCCAAAGAAUGGUAUUGGACAUUUGAGGCUAACUUUGGGGGAACGACACUUUUUUGGUGCAACAUGAGUUGGGCAAAUCACCAUGGACGUUUCGAUGUAUAUUGGGUCAAUCGCGAAUUGCUUGAUAAGUGUGAUUUCAAGGAGUGUUUUUGGAAAGCAGAAGAUGAUGGUUUAAAGAUAAUUGGGAAUAUAUGGGAAAAGUCUUUCACCAGUGGUGUCACUAUAAUAAAAGUUAAUGCUCCUAAUCCAACUCCAAGGUACAAGUUGAAUAUUGAGGCAUAUGAUAAUUCUAAAAAAGGCGAUAUUCGUACAGUUCAAUACAAAAGCUAA